CACUAGGGGGCUCCGAGGCGAAAGCAGCUUUCUCUUUGCAAAGCUUUUCCUUCCUGCGCGGUCGAAGCCGAUCCGACGCUGUCUCCUCCUCCACCUGCUGACGAGCGAAAGCGGGGCGGGGCUUAGUCCGCAUCCCCGUCCAACCCGAACGCCGCUUUCCUUCUCGUCGCGUGCUCCACCUUCUCCGACCGGAGUGAGAACUUGUCAGCCGGAUGGCUCCGGGCUCCUCCUGCCUCCGUGCAACCCGCACCCCAAGGGCUGCUGCGACUUAACAAUUAACGCCGGAUACAGGGGAAGAGGAGGAAAAAGGGCUGGGACAGCGGAGCGAGGAAACCUCACAUAUUUCCCUUCCUUGCACGGCUUUCCCGAUCGCGUUAAAGCGGAGGCGGAGGGACACGCGCGCACCACCCGCAGACCCUGAGCCGGACCAGAAGGAGAACCUUGGCGUUUCCCGGCAGCUGUUCGGCCGAUCUCCGGCGUCCCUUGGCUUUGUUGCAGGGAUUUUCGUUUUCCUCCCUUACUGGUUGUUGUUUUCCCCCCACUCCACUCUUCCGAAACCAUCCAUCUCUUUCAUUUGAUUUAUUGAUUUUCCUCCUCCUCCUCCUUCCCCCAUGAAAAUGGCUCUGAAAUACGUCAAGAGUCGGAAAGGCAGGGAUCAGCUGCUUCACGAAGGGUACCUGUAUCGGAAGGAGCGGGAGAGCAAGAGCAAGAUGGUCUGGAAAUGCGCCGACUACCACAAGUCCCGUUGCCCCGGGAGGGUCCACACGCGCCACGGCAAGCUGGUCCACUCCUUGCCACACGAUCACCCUCCUCCUGCCAAGGCAGCCGGCACGGAUGCCGAGAUGUGUGGCACGAAGGAAAGGCCCUCCUCUAGCCAAGAGCCCGUCCGCAAAGGGUCCGUGCCAGGCUGCCAAGCGUCGCCAGGGGUGCCCGCUUCCCGCAAGCCACGCAUCCAGAACGAUCCAAAGCUAACCAUCCAGCUCUUGAGGGCACGUCUGAACGCAGCCCGCCAAGUCGUGUCGGACUUGCAGCAGGGAUCUUCUGCUGUCGCUGAGACAGUUCCUGUAGAUCCGUCUUCGCCAGCUUCUCUGGACUUGCCUGAGCACUCAGGUGCAUUUGAGAACGCAAGAUCCAAGGCCGCCUUUGCUCUGGGCAACGGCACAAAUGCACCCCGUUUGUUCAAAACCCGGUCCAGUCGGGAAGCUGCUCGCCAGAGGUUCCGCUUGGGCCCUGUCCCGCCUGCAGAAGCCCCCCAGGCGAUUCUGUCCUGGCUGAGCGAGGCAGCUGACCGAUGGCUGUGUCCUCAGCAGCACAGCAAGGACCAGAUUGUGGACAUGGUCGUCCUGGAACAGUUCCUGAAUGUGCUUCCGGGGAACUUGCAGGCGUGUGUGAGAGCCAGGGAGCCAGGCAGCAGCAAGGAGGCACUUCAGCUGGUCCAGAGCUAUUUGAGGGAAGAGGAGCCAGCUAACGCUGUUCAGGGCCUGGUAACCUUUGAAGAUGUAUCUGUGCGUUUCACGGAGGAAGAAUGGGCUCUGCUGGGCCACAAAGAGAAAACCCUUUACUGGGAUGUCAUGCAGGAGAAUUACGAUAACGUGGCCUGGAUGACAGGUGACGGGACCGAUAGCAAAAGCAGAGAAGAGGAUCCUUGGCUGGAAGCGUGCGAAUCGGUGGUGAUGGGAAAAUCCAAGGAGGCCAUUUUGCAGAGCCCUGAACAAGACUUGCUAAGGCCGAGCUGUCUGGAGAGGAAGCAAAAAACCAACUCAGGAAGAGACAGAGAAAAGGAUGUUCUCUGUCAGAAGAGUUUGCAAAAACUAGACAGUGACAUGGUUCACCUAGAGAUGGAGACUUGUGCCGAUUGUGAGGACUGGGGCGAAUCCUUAUCAGCAUUUAUCAAUACUCAGGAAAGUCCCAGCGAGGAAAGUUCUAAGCCUAUGACUCAAUCUGGAGAGUCACAUGAAUUAUCUGAGAAGAAAAUCCUCCAGAAUCUUCAGGGAAACUUAAUCAAAGAGGACCAGAGCAGUUUGCUGGGGCAACAGGCAAGUCAAGAGAGAUCUACUCUUCUUAGAAACAGCUUGAGGGACCCACUUCAUCUUGACUCUAGGCCGCGUACUGAUUCUGCAGAACUGGAGGAAUCACUAAGACUUGGCAGCAAUCAGAAAAUCCACAGCAGGGAAGAUCCUGACUAUGUGGCACUGGAAAUGUCUGUGGAUGAGCUUUCUCAGAUUUCUGCCAAGCAAGACCUGCAGUCCAAGCCUAUGCAGCUUUGCUCAAACCUGAUUCUUGCCGAAGUGAACGAGACGGCAGACUUAUAGCACAAACCUGCACAUGUUUACUCA